GGCUUUUUCACGCUGUGUGGGCUGGACAUCCGUGUAUGUGCCCGCCAAUGUGUGUGUAAGUGUGUAUGAGUGAGUCCUUCCUAACACACCAUCUGUCAGAAGUUUGAAACUAAAAACAGAGUUUUAUGCCACUUUUGUCAGGAGCUGAGCCGCUUCACUUGGAGAAGAAGACGCCUUUUUAAUCAUUGGAGACUUCUUAAAGAAGGUUAAUAAUCGUCUCUAGAGUACCGUGUCCGUAUCUCCAGCCAGCAUGAUUCUGGCCACACUAAAGGACAUUGGGAAGCAGCUCCUGCGGGUGAAGGUUGUGGACUGUAGCACUGAUGAGUCCCGCUUGUCCCGAUGUCUCAACACGUUCGACCUGGUGGCAUUGGGUGUGGGCAGCACUCUUGGCGCUGGGGUCUACGUCCUGGCUGGAGCUGUAGCUCGGGACAGUUCUGGUCCUGCCAUCGUCCUUUCCUUCCUCAUCGCUGCCCUUGCCUCGGUGCUUGCUGGUCUGUGCUAUGCUGAGUUUGGAGCUCGGGUCCCUAAAACGGGCUCUGCCUACCUCUACAGCUAUGUAACUGUUGGAGAACUGUGGGCCUUCAUCACCGGCUGGAACCUCAUCCUCUCCUAUGUGAUCGGAACUUCAAGUGUGGCCAGAGCGUGGAGUGCGACCUUUGAUGAGCUGAUUGGACGGCAGAUUGAGGCGUUCUGCAGACGGUACAUGACCAUGAAUGCUCCAGGCGUCCUUGCAGAGUAUCCAGACAUAUUUGCUGUCUUCAUCAUCCUCACUCUGACAGGGCUGCUUGCAUUUGGAGUGAAGGAGUCAGCCCUGGUGAACAAAGUGUUCACCUGCAUCAAUGUGCUUGUGCUUCUGUUUGUGAUCAUCUCCGGCUUGGUCAAAGGAAAUAUAAAAAACUGGAGCUUGAACCCUGAUGAAAUCCUUAAUGUCACCGCCAACUCCAGCCUUAACAUAUCUGAGCCCUCAACAUCUAAAGAAAGCCUUGGUGACGGUGGCUUCAUGCCGUUUGGCUGGACCGGUGUCCUCUCUGGUGCUGCUACCUGUUUUUAUGCCUUUGUGGGCUUUGACUGCAUUGCCACUACAGGAGAAGAAGUGAAGAAUCCUCAGAGGGCCAUUCCUAUUGGGAUCGUGGCCUCACUGUUGAUCUGUUUUGUGGCGUACUUCGGUGUGUCGGCAGCUCUCACUGUGAUGAUGCCGUACUACAUGCUGGACAAGAACAGUCCUCUGCCUGUGGCCUUUAAGUACGUGGGCUGGGAGGGGGCCACUUAUGCAGUGGCCAUCGGCUCUUUGUGUGCUCUGUCGACCAGCUUACUAGGCUCCAUGUUCCCAAUGCCCAGAGUGAUCUGGGCCAUGGCAGAGGAUGGCCUGCUCUUCAAAAUUUUGGCUAAAAUCAGCCCCAGAACCAAAACCCCUCUAACAGCAACAGUAACAUCAGGUGUUGUGGCAGCUAUCAUGGCUUUCCUGUUUGACCUGAAGGACCUGGUUGACCUCAUGUCCAUCGGCACAUUGCUGGCCUACACUCUGGUGGCUGCCUGUGUACUGGUCCUCAGGUACCAACCUGAACAGCCCAGCACUGCCUAUGAGAUGGCAAACACUCAGGAUGAAUCUGAGCCAGGCGAGUCUUUCAAUGAGGGGAAGAUGGACAUGCUACCACAACCAGACGAUCGCUUCACUGUCAAGAAUCUCCUCAGCCCCUCAAACACGGAGCCGUCCACUCUGUCUGGGUUUGCCGUUAAUGUUUGCACCAGUAUCAUCGGUGUGUUGGUGUGCGUGUUCAGUGUUAUUGCUGUUCAGGGAGGUCUGGCAGUCUGGUCUCUGUUUUCCCUCAGUAUGAUCCUGGUCGUCUGUCUGAUUCUUACCUUCAUCGUGUGGAGGCAGCCGCAGAGCAAGGCGAAGCUGGCUUUCAAGGUUCCCCUGCUGCCCUUCCUCCCAGUCGUCAGUUUGUUCAUAAACGUUUAUCUGAUGAUGCAGCUUGACAAAGGAACAUGGAUGCGCUUUGCAGUCUGGAUGGUUUUUGGCUUCUUGAUCUACUUCACCUACGGUAUCCGAAACAGUGCAGAGGCAGUACUGACCACCUCUGACAGCUACACGCCAGCGAUAAAAGGAGAGCCCAUGGCCACAGAGAAGGCGGCCUUCAUACGCAACUCAGAAAACACCAACGAAGAAGAGGAGGAUGAAGACUCAUGAGGAAAUAAGAGGUUCUCUUGUCUGGGCUGCAAAUCAAAUUUGUUCAGUUCUUUAAAAAAGCUGCAAAAGACACUAAUGGAGACUUGUGUUGUCCUCCAAUCAGCACAUGUUGUGCUGUUUUCUGAGUCCAUACCCCAAAAAAAGACGUCUGAUGUGGCUUUUUGAUCACCUUUAUAUCUGAUUGGCUUUCUCACAUCCAAGUGUAAACUUUUGAAACUCAUGAGAUGAACUUUUAUUUGAAUGAAAUCCCAUAGCUUAUUCAGAGGACUCUGUUUUCUUGGUAAACUGUCCUUUUUAAUGUUUGCACAAUUAUGUGAUCAGUUUACUGGACAUAAUUAAUGCUGUGGUACCAUAGACAAAGCAUGACUAGUUUUAACAGCUUCUUAUCGAGGUCUAUUUAUUUCAGACAUAAAUGAUGGUUUUUGUUUUAUUUUUUUAAAGGUUAAGCAGUUUUUACUGCUCUACAAAUAUUUAAUAGGCAAGUUUUUUUAAAAUAUAUGAGCUAUUUACAGUAAAAAUAUUUAUUUAUAUCCCACCAAAUCAAAACAGAAGGUAUCAAAAACACUCAGUAAACUAGAAAAAUAUAAAUUGAAUAAAUGAGGCUCAUUUUUAAGUUCAUCUCUUGUCAUAAACUGAGGAAAAAUUCUCAGUUUGCCACUCUAGUUGCUUCUUAAGAAGGCACAGUGCUGGCUCAUGUGUGCAAACACAAUGGAGAUGUUUUCAAAUCAAAAUCCCUUCAUUUCACUCUUUAAUUGUUGCAUAAUUUAAGAAAACACAAAGUAUUCUGAAAGUCAGCAGAGAGUGUAUUAUCUCUGGAGCCUUCUGUGUUACAGUUUUACGUCAAAGGUAAAAUUUCAUAUGUAGAUACUCCGCUCUGGAGAAGACGUACUGUCUCUGUUAACCACAUUUACAACAUUACUCAGAAAUGGUGCUCUGGAUGAUCCGGUACAGUCAUGUGAUCAGUAUAACUCUGUGUCAUAAGGUUGGCGUUAGUAUGGAUUUGUCUUCUCGCUGGUUUCCUCAGCACACAAAUUUUCAAGAGAUCAAACUUGUGUUGCAGUGUUGUCUCAGUGAGGAAAAUGCACCUUGUUCACCAGCCGGAGAAGAGAAGCUGCUAAUGUGAGUCGAUAAAGCCAAUUCUUCAGUGGGUGUAUUUUAAGUGCCUGUGUCCCAAAUGAAUGUUACACCUCUUUAGAGACUAGAUUUUGCUCUGUCAGCAGCUAUAUUUGUUAAAUAUAUGUACUGUUUGUAUAUAGUAAAAGUGUUGGAUUUUAAACGCUAUUCAUAAUCUGUAGUAGAGAAAUAACACCAUUUAAGUUUGUAGUUCACAGAUCUGAAUCUGGGUUCAAUCAGUCCGUGAUAACUGAACCUUUGUCAAGCCCUGCCCUCCUUUUGUCCACAGGCUUCUUCCCAUUUGAAAAAACUGAACUUACCCUGCAGUUCAGCUAACUUUUAUAAAUAUUUGAUUUGAUUAUUUCAUAAACUCUAUGGGUGUUUUAGGAUAAUUCCAAAUCUCUAGAAAUUUGAUCAAUUGGUUUGAGUUAUAUUACCCAUGUCUGAUGCCAGCAAUGUUGGCUAAUGUUACACCAUGUCCAAACUACAUGUGAUGCGAGUGUCAAAAUUAGGAUGAAACAGAUUCGUAAGGCUAGCCACACACUUCACAAGUUUAAGCUCAAUUAGAGGCCAGAUUUGCCUUCCCUGACAAUCGAGGGGGUGUAUCACCAGUGGAGGGUCUCAAAUGAUUUUUGGCCUCAGUGGUCUCGCAGUCACAGCCCUAUGCCUGUUUUUCUUUCUGUCACACUACCCACCAAGAACAAGGAAAAAUGGAGAUGACAAGGAAUGAGGACAGAAAUAUUGUCUUGAUUUUCUUUCACUUUCCUUACUUAAACAGCUUCUGAGUGUACUGAUUCAGGGAUAGAUGCAUGUCAGAUGUAUCAGUGUGCUGGAGUCUGACCUGUUAGCUGGCAUCACUCCAUUAAGCUAACAUUACAGAACAGCAACGUCGACAGUACAUUAGCUAUAACACCAGCAAUGCAACUUAAGUAAGUUCGCAAUUAUGUAAUGCUUUAACUACUUAAUAUCAACAGAACAUCAAAUGUUGUCCGUAUGGAAAAUGUUUUCUCUUACCUCUUUGUGAUUAUUGAUGAGUUAAACUGCCAGUGUGUCAGUGUGUGUGUCUACAGUGUCAAAUCAAAAUACUGUAUUUUUGAUCAUUAACCCUCGGUCUAGGAAACAGGAUUGAAAUUACUUGUGGAUUAUGAUGUGGAUAUCUUGGGUUAUUCCAGCACACCUUUUACUGAAAAGACUUAUCUUAAAUGUAAAUUUGUGGGAAGUUGCCCAGCAGUGGUGGCUAUGAGAGGAGGCUCUCUGAUUGGUGGGUCAGUUGGCCAAUCAGAGCCAACAAAAGGUCAAUAGAGCGCCUGUGAUUUUAGGAGUGACCGUCUAUUUUUUUUGGAUAAAUCAAAGCUAACUGUGUGGACUCUAAAACAAACAUUAUCAACAAUUAACAGUGGACCUCAGCAGCAAACAUCUGAAAAUACCUCUGCCAGUCUGACAUUAUUAUUAUUAUUCCAUUAUUAUGUGAAUGAAAGCUGACUGAGAGCGUGUGCAGAUCCACCAGCAACUCUGAUGUUAUUACCCGUCCAGUUGUUUGUAUUCACCACAGACUGAAAUCAAGGUGAAAAUGUCCUUACAUGUUCUCUUCUUAAUCAGAAACUCAGUUGAAUAGUUUCUUUGCUAUUUAUGCUCUAAGCAGAGAAAUCAGAGUUAAACUAAUGUGGUUUACUCUUCAUCAGUGGAUUAUUAUCUAAUAAUGGCAUUGAUGCAGCCCAAUAAUAUAAAUACUGCAUAGCUAUGGAUGUUAGCAGCAUUGUUAACACUAGAGUGCUGUAGACGGUCAAUGUUUAGCUAACGCUCUCUGUAAAUACCAUGAUAUCAAGCAACCAGGCUUCAGUUAAACUGGGAGAUGUGAAUCCACUGCAGGCUAUAUGCUUUUUUUUCUCAAAUGCAUUAAUACAUGUGUAUCUAUGUUUAUUUUUGUAAAUACAGUUUUGAUUUGCUUUGAAGUUUCUGCUUAUAUUACAACUCUUAAACCAAAAAUCAUCAGAAUUCAUCUAUAAAAUCUUUAGUCGUCAGCAACUUCACUAUUAACCAGCUGUUCAGACUGUGCUAAAGCUGUUACAGUUAAUAAAUGUUUAUUUUUGUUCUAAUGAACGUGUUUAUCGGGUGAAUCUCACCUCUGUUCAGCUGGAUGUAAACUCUUAAAAAUAUUCUUGUUUUACAUUUAGUCAUAGCUGCUGGUGUUACACUUCAGUUUGUCAUAUAUGAGGGUUCAUCUUACUCUAGUCCUGGACAGUGUCUCUUUAAUGGAAACCUUUGCAUGCUGCACUAUUUCAGAGUUUUACAAUUUCAGAUCUUUAUUGUAAUGAAAUAAAGAACUUGAGGUUCUGUUUUUUACACUAUCAGCAGGUUUACAGUGCAGCUCUUCACUGUGUGUUGUCUUCAUGUUGGUUGUGGUUUAUAAAGUUUCUGCUGUAAAUAAA